UGAGGCUUAUUAAGAUUCCAACUUGGAGGCCGGAUAGAGUCAUCCUGUCUCCAGUGGGUGUUCUCAAACUGCACUUAUCGGAACUCUGAGUGCGGACUUCGGGUGGAGGGUUCAGGUUUCACCCUCCGGGGACCACGAGCCUCUGCAGUGCCUUGUCUCUCGCGGAAGAGCGUUUGCAAGCGGCGGCCGCGCGCUCCGCCUGCGCUCCACCGAGAGGCCCCGCGGCGCGGCUGGCCGAGCCAGGAGGCGGCGGUCCGGGCUGGGCCGGGACUUCCUUCCUCCCGGGCGGGACAACAGAACCACCCGCAGCCGGCAGGGAGCUUCUGGCAGCUCGCUGAGGUAGAGCGCAGCGAUGGGCUCCCUGCUGAGCAGCGACAGCUCCAAGUCCGCGCCCGCCUCCGCCACCCCGCGGACUCUGGAGCGCAGCGGGGACUCGGAGCUGCCCAUCACCUCCUUCGAUUGCUCCGUGUGUCUGGAGGUGCUACACCAGCCGGUCCGGACCCGCUGUGGCCACGUGUUCUGCCGAUCUUGCAUCGCGACCAGUAUAAAGAACAAUAAUAAAUGGACGUGUCCAUACUGCCGGGCAUACCUUCCUUCAGAGGGAGUGCCUGCAACUGACAUAGCCAAGAGGAUGAAGUCAGAAUACCGGAACUGUACCGAGUGUGGAACUCUGGUUUGCCUCAGUGACAUGAGGGCACACAUAAGGACCUGUGAGAAGUACAUCGAUAAAUAUGGCCCACUGCAAGAACUUGGUGACACCACAGCAAGAUGUGUAUGUCCAUUUUGUCAGAGGGAACUGGAUGAAGACUGCUUGCUGGAUCAUUGCAUUAUCCACCACAGAUCAGAAAGGAGGCCCGUGUUCUGCCCGCUUUGCCAUUCACGGCCGAAUGAAAGCCCGAGUACCUUUAAUGGCAGUUUAAUUAGACAUUUGCAAGCCAGCCACACUUUGUUUUAUGAUGAUUUCAUAGAUUUUGAUAUAAUCGAGGAAGCCAUUAUUCGAAGAGUGCUAGACCGCUCACUUCUUGAAUAUGUGAAUCAGUCAAACACCACAUAAUUUUAUGACUAGGAACGGGACCAUUCACUCGUACCAUUUAAGAUGCUGCUGGAAGGACUGGAGGGGAAUUGUCAAUGUUUGAUGGAGAACCAUGUACUACAGUAUUAUAUGCUUGUCUUUGUUAUGUUGCAUUCACAAACUGUGUUCAUUUUGGUUUAGAUCUGCCUUUAUAUUCUUGAGUUUAUUAGACAUUUAACCACAAGAAACAGCCUCCAUCAUCCAUUAACAGAUGGAAGAGACACAACACAGGCUGGCUAUGUGAUGGAGCAGCUUCAUGUGUACAUUAGUGAUACUGUGUAUAAUGCUACAUAUUCCCAACUGUCAUCAUGGUUAAGCGAGAAAGCCAAUCUCUGUUCUAUGUUAGAAGAUGGAAAAAGGAAAAAAAUAUGGACAUUAAAGGAAAUCUGAAAUUUAUUCAAAUUCUCAUGCUCUAAUCUCCAAUAAAGAAUCUUUUGAGAAAGGAGGAAAGGAAAGAAUUUGAAGUCACCAAAAUCCAAUUUAGCCAAAUUAUAGUACAUAAUACUGCAACAAAUUCUGUGUUUGAAGUGUAUUCUUAGCCAGGCAUGGAGGAGCAUGCCUGUAAUCCCAGUAUUCAGGAGGUGAGUAUAGAAGGGGCAGGAGUAUGAGGCCAGCUUUGGCUAAUGAGUUGGCUAAUAAGACCAUAAAAA